CUAACUGAUUGAUUUUCAACAAUGGGAAACCAAAUAGGAUCAAUCAGUGAUGACGAUGAUACGAGAGCCAUUGACGUUAUUAAUAUAACCGUACGCGCAAUCGAUAUGGAGCUUGAUUCCCGAGAUUCGAGUUGCUACCAACAAGACCCUUUGCCCAUAAUACGUAGUAAGCCAUCUGUUGAAAAAUUUCAAACUAUGUUGUUUCAGAGCACAGACAUGUACAAAGAGAUUAGAGCUCGUUGUGGCUUAAUCCAGCAAUCGAACGAACAUUUCAACUUACUGCGUUCUCUGCAACAGCGUGAAAAUGGUUUGGCCUCACCUGGUAUCGCAUCGUUUUCUUCCAAUCAGCAGCGCAACAUUGCUAACAUGUACAUACCAAAUCAGAAAACUGCGCGAUUAAUGUCACUGGACUCGAAAGUCUAUGUAACGAAAUUUAAUAAGAGCGGGACCAAGCUUUUGACUGCUUGCCAAGAUGGAUUUGUGCGUAUUUAUGACGGAUCUAAGGGCACCUACCACCUCCUUACUCGCAUCAAUGCUCGCGAUGUCCAAUGGAGCAUUAUUGAUGCUGACUUCAGUCCAAAUGGCCAGCAUUUUGCCUAUUCUACAUGGUCACGAUCUUUUUUCAUAAUGCCAGUAAAUGGCACUGCGGAUGACUGCCAAUGGAUCGACGUAGAGAGCCAGAACAGCCGCGUUGCUAUAUUUUCGCUUCAGUAUUCUCCAACAGGCGAUAAAAUAAUUGGCGGCAGCAAUAAUGGCUCUGUCAUUGUUGGGGAUGUGCAAACACGUAGCACACAAAUAUUGCGAACACAUCGUAUGCCCGUUACAGAUGUGAACGCUGUUUCAUAUGUUAACGAUAAAGACCCGAAUGUGAUAAUAGCAGGUUGUGAUGAUGGGUUGCUCAAGGUCUUCGAUCUGCGCGUUUCACAGCGUAGUCGGAAUCUAUCCAAAGCAGUGGUGUCAUUUAUUGGACAUUACGAUGGCAUUACCUACAUAGAUUCCCGUAACGAUGGCUAUUACCUUCUCUCCAAUUCAAAAGACCAAAGUAUAAAGAUUUGGGAUAUGCGACAGCCCAGUAAUUUACGUAAUCGUGGCAGUGCACGCAGACAGCAAAGGCUUCUGCCUACAUGGGACUAUCGUUGGGAACGCGUUCCGCGCGAAAUAUGCAAUCCACACAAAGCUCUUGAAGGCGAUAGCAGCGUAAUGACUUACCGUGGCCACCGAGUUAGCAAAACUUUAUUACGUGCCAAGUUUUCUCCACUACUACAAACAGGCCAGCGUUACAUUUAUACAGGAUGCGCGACCGGGCGCAUUAUAAUUUAUGACGUGCUGACUGGAAGAAUCAAAGAGGCUAUAGAAGGACAUAGAAAUGUGAUACGCGACUUGGACUGGCAUCCAGAGCGAUCGGAAAUAAUCUCCGGUUCGUGGGACACACAUAUUAAUUUAAAUACCUACAACCGUAAUAUGGCAAAGAAAAGUCUGCAUAAUAGCGAUAGACUAACGUCUGAGUCUAGGGUCUUGCGGCGUUCCCGUCGGCUGGCAAACCGGAAUAUGACGCCCGAUUAAAUUUUAGGCAACCAGAGCUUAUUGCAUUUGACUUAACAUAAUGCUUAAAAUUGAAAGUGGGCGCACUGACGCACAACCUCUCUACCACCAUAAUCUUCAUUGAUAUUACACUCAUGUAAAAAAGUUCAUAGCAAUUUACGCUAAAAUCGCUAUAAUAUAAUGCCCAUAUUCAUACAAGUCUAGUAUUUUAAGUAUACCCUUAGAUGUUUUCAUGUAAGUGUUUUAAGUGGUACGCUAUACACCAGCAUGAAGUUUUGAUGCUGUUUGGUUCUAUAAACAAAACCGUGAAGGCCCAUAGUUGUAGAUCCCACUUAGCCCAUCAUGUUUUGCGGAUAGAACCAGUUUUAUUACUGUUACAUAUUAAAAUGUAAAGGAAAACAACUAAGCCGUAUUAUGUACAAAGUGUUUUAAGAUCUUUAUUGAAUUAAAUUGUGUUUGCCUUAAAAUUGAAA